AAUAUAUAAAUGUAUUUAAAACACUAAUGAAGAGUUAUAAAAACUACGGUAAGUUGGGAAUGUUAUUGUGGGCACAUAACGGUACAUCCAGUACCUGGAGCGCAACUCGCAUGUACUAUUCAGUCCAUGCGAUGAUUGACAUCCUCCUCGUCCAAUCAGCAGCCGAGGCGAUGACUUUACAAUAGAAAGGGGAGCCAGAGAGGGGCGGGGUCUUACACAGAGAGCCAAUGGCUGGACAGGAGGGCGGGCACUUUCUCAACUCGGGCUUUUGUUCUCUGUCAGGGCAGUAAAGUGAAGUUUGGUCACCGUUAUUCCGCGGGACAUCCCGUAUCAGAAUCACAGGGAUAAUAUCAGAGCUCCUUUAUCUCCUCCAGGGAAAACUCUUGUGCAGUGUGAGAACUGAGGAUUUACUUUUCCUUUCUCCUCACAAUGGAAACUCCAUCAUCAUCAUCUUCCUCAUCAUGAGAGGAACGCGUUGAGUUUUGCAGGGUGAAGUUCUGACAGGAUUUUACUGCAUGCGAAUGAACUCAUUUUCCUCCCGUAAAAGGAUUUUUUGAAGGAUUAAACCCGUGGAAUUACAACAGUAAGAUCUCAACUUUACCUUAAGUUUGUUUAAAACACCAAACGCGGAUGCAUUUGGAUAUAUAAUCAUCUUUUUUUAAAUCUUUUCUUUCUUUUCUUUUUCUUUUUUUGGAUACAAUGCAAAUGUGAGUUGAAUGUAUCAGGCUUGGAAAAACCCUGACUGGAUCCGUGAUCAUGGCGCGUUCAGGUACAUCUAUGGACACUUUGCACCUCAUUUUAUUCGUUUUAUGGACUUUAUCGCGCUAUUCUUUAUCCAGUCAAGUUCGGCAGGAGUUUGAGGUUCUGGAAGAGCAGCCGAUGGGCACAUAUGUGGGCACUAUCAACACCAAACCCACUUUCACAUACAGAUUCAGCGAACAACACAAACUUUUUUCCAUCAACGCCACGACGGGCGUCAUAUACACGUCCUCGGUGAUCGAUCGAGAAGUUUUGCCGAGUAAUAUCAUUAAUGUCGUGGUUUUAUCCAGUCAGCCGACUUACCCAACCGAAGUGCGGAUCGUGGUUCUGGAUAUUAAUGAUAACGCGCCCGUGUUUCCCGACGCGUCGAUCGUGGUGUCGUUUAAAGAGGACGCGAGCAACGGGCGUCAGGUGAUAUUAGACACCGCGACGGAUUCAGACAUCGGGACCAAUGGAGUGGAUCACACGACUUACCGAAUCAUUAACGGGAACGAUCAGCGUAAAUUUCGCCUGGAUAUCACCGUAAACCCGAGCGGUGAAGGCGCGUUUCUGCACCUCGUGUCCACAGGAGGGCUUGACAGAGAAAUAACCCCUUUCUAUCAGCUCCUAAUCCAGGUUGAAGACAAAGGAGAACCUAAAAAGUUCGGGUACCUGCAGGUAAACGUCACAAUUCAGGAUAUAAAUGACAACCCGCCUGCGUUUGACCAGGACCAGUAUCAGACCAGUGUGUUUGAGGACUCUGCCAUUGGCUCCAGUGUACUUCAGAUAUCAGCCACAGACUUGGAUGAGGGUGCGAAUGCUGAUAUUACAUAUCUUUUAGAUGAAGGAACUCCAUUUCAGAUCGACCCCAAAGCCGGGACUGUUAUUAUAAAGGACGGGUUAGACUAUGAAACUAGGAAAGAGUAUUCCCUAACCAUCCAUGCUGUGGAUAACGGCAUUCCCUCUCUCUCAGUCAGGUCUGAAGCCACUAUCAAACUGCUUGACGUUAAUGACAACGACCCUGUUGUUAAAUUUCGCUACUUCCCUACAACGUCCAAAUUCGCUUCGGUGGACGAAAACGCACAAGUCGGGACGGUCGUAGCAUUAUUGACCGUUUCGGACUCGGAUUCGGCCACCGCUAACGGUAACAUCUCGGUUUCGAUACUCGGUGGGAACGAGCAGAGACACUUUGACGUUCACAGUUCGCCCGUCCCAAAUCUGAGUCUGAUCAAAGUAGCAAGUGUGUUAGACAGAGAGAGAAUCUCCUCGUACAACCUCACCGUUUCAGUGUCGGACAACGGCAAGCCCGUGUCCCGCUCGUCCUUCGCAAGUCUGGUUAUAUUCGUGAAUGAUAUUAACGACCAUCCGCCUAUAUUUCAGGAAGCUGUGUAUAAAGUAGACAUAAGCGAAGACAUUCCCAAAGGCAGUUACAUUAAAGGGGUCUCGGCCACAGAUGGAGACUCCGGGCAAAACGCCAAUCUCCGUUACUCACUUGUGUCUGGAAACAGUUUGGGUUGGUUUGCCAUCAGUGAGAACAGUGGUUUGGUCACCAGUGCGGCAGAACUCGAUAGAGAAAAAGCAUCUCAAAUAGUGCUAAAUAUCAGCGCCAAAGACCAAGGCCUGCAGCCGAGAAUCUCCUACACCAAAUUGAUUGUGAACAUAACAGACGUUAAUGAUCAAAUCCCCACUUUUACGCAAAACACAUAUCACGUUUCGUUGGUCGAACAUUCCCCUGUCGGAUCCGAGCUUGUGGUGUUGUCUGCGACGGAUUCGGAUCUCGGGUCAAACGGCACGAUCCGAUUCUCGUUCGACACCGAAACCCCGGUUAGCGUUCAGAGUCGAUUUAGAUUAGAUGCGAUUUCAGGCCGUUUGAGCUCAGCGUCUGAGUUAGAUAGAGAAGAGGAAAGCUCGUAUCUUCUAUACAUCAAAGCCACAGAUGCAGGAACGCCUCCUCUUUACUCCGGCUGCAAAGUUAACAUCACACUGAAAGAUGUUAACGAUAACAGCCCAGUGUUUUACCCCGUGCAAUAUUUCGCUAAUAUAAAAGAAAACGAGCCGGCCGGCUCAUUCGUGAGUAUCGUAACCGCUUCCGAUCCUGAUUUGGGUCGCAACGGCACUGUUAAAUACGCCAUCACCGCUGGCGACUCCUACAAGUUUCACAUUAACGGCAACUCUGGUAAAAUCACGACUCUGGUGCCACUCGAUAGAGAGGAAAAAACCACGUAUCAGCUGCAGGUUUCGGCGACCGACGGAGGCGGGUUGCGUUCGCACACACACGCUAUAGUCACGAUCACGGUUAUAGAUACGCAAGAUAACCCUCCCGUAUUCAGUCAGAACGAAUACAGCUUCGUUAUGUUUGAAAAUGUGGCGAUUGAUAGCAUCAUCGGGACUGUGUCGGCCACUACUGUAGAUCUGAACACUAAUAUCACGUAUUUAAUCGCGUCGGGCGACCAACGCGGUUUGUUUGACGUUAAACGCGGCACUGGGCAGAUCAUAGCGUCAGGUGUUAUAGACAGAGAAGAACAGGCGUUUUACCAGCUAACGGUGAUCGCUAGGAGUGGGGAGGUUACAGGGGAAGCGCUAGUUAACAUCACAGUGAAAGAUUUAAACGAUAACGCACCUCGUUUUAUUCAUGCGGUCGAGCACGUUAGCGCUGUUGAAAACUGGGCCGCCGGCCUCCAUAUAUUCCAGGCGAAAGCUUCGGAUCCGGAUGAAGGCACAAAUGGCGUGAUCGUGUACAGCCUCAAACAAAACCCUAAAGGUUUGUUUCACAUUCACGAAAAGCACGGAUUGAUCUCGCUCACCGGCCCCCUAGAGGUCACAACCAGUUCCUACCAGCUGGAGGUCGUGGCCUCUGACCUCGGCGUCCCUCAGCGCACAUCCAGCUUUAUUCUCACUAUUAGCGUGUACGACGUUAACGACAACGCGCCGGUGUUCGACCAGCUCUCCUACGAAGUCACCAUCUUGGAAUCCGAGCCGGUAAAUAGCCGUUUUUUUAAAGUGGAGGCCAGCGAUAAAGACUCUGGGCUCAAUGGGGAAAUCGUGUACGACAUCGCUAGCGGGAACACGAACGACGUUUUUGGGAUUUUCCCCGAUGGACAGUUGUAUAUCAAAGCAGAUUUGGACCGAGAAGUACAAGAUCGGUAUAGUUUAUUAGUGGUGGCUAAAGACCGAGCCGUCGAGCCGCUGAGCGCGAGCGUUAAUGUGACGGUUCUCCUCGACGACGUCAACGACAAUCGUCCGCUUUUCAACAGCACUAAUUACGUGUUUCACUUCGAGGAAGAGCGGGAACGAGGGUCGCUCGUCGGGCGCGUGUUCGCUGAGGAUAAAGACUUCGGGCCGAAUUGCGAAGUCCGUUAUUCCUUUGAAACGCCACAGCUAAAUUUCGAGCUCAACGCCAUCACGGGCGUGUUGACUAGCACGCUACAGUUUGACCGUGAAUCUCUCAUGAGGCAACGAGGAGCUUCGGUGUUCAGUUUCACGGUCGUUUCUUCCGACCAAGGCCUUCCCAAGCCUCUCAAAGACCAGGCUAAAGUUCAAGUCUACAUACAAGACAUCAACGACAACCCGCCGAAGUUCACCAAAGACAUUUACCAGGGCUCAAUCUCCGAAUCCGCACCGAACAUGACGCAACUGCUCCGAGUCUCUGCCUCUGAUGUGGAUGAAAAUAAAAACGGACUCGUUCGCUACGACAUAAUAGAGGGAAAUGAGGAAAAACAGUUUAGCAUUGAUGGCAGCUCUGGUCAGGUUACGCUAGUGGGGAAGCUAGACUUUGAGUCGACGCCCUUUUACUCCCUUAAAAUUAUAGCUGAGGACUCUGGGACUGUGCCUCUGUCAUCCACUUGUGUGCUGAGCAUCAGCGUUCUGGAUGAUAACGACAACUCUCCGUCUUUUCCCAAAUCAACCCUCACGGUGGAUGUGCUGGAGAACAUGCGGAUCGGAGAGCUAGUCGCCUCAAUAACCGCCACGGACUCUGAUUCGGGCUCCAACGCUGAAAUCACGUACAGCAUUUCUGCUACAAACAACCACGGCACGUUCAGCAUCAGUCCCAACACCGGCAGCAUCUUCCUAGUCAAGAAACUUGACUUUGAGACUCAGUCGCUUUACAAACUCAACGUGACGGCUAAAGAUAACGGAAGGCCGUCUAAGUCUUCCUCUAUUCCGGUUAUAAUCCACGUGAGGGAUUUUAACGACAACCCUCCUGUUUUUACACCAGGUGACAUUUUUAAGUCAAUCCCUGAAAACCUCCCGCUCUCAACCUCGGUUAUGACUAUCGCGGCUCACGACACGGACGCCGAUAUCAACGGCGAGCUGGAGUACUCAAUCGUCCAGCAGACACCCAGGGGUGCUCACUUCAGCAUAGACCCUUCGUCUGGCGUGAUCUACACCAAUAAAAACAUCGACCGAGAGUUCUCAAACCUGUUUGAGCUUACAAUCAAAGCCACUGACCAAGCCGUGCCAUCCGAGUUUCGCCGUUUCGCUCUUAAAAACGUCACUAUCUGGGUGACGGACCAAAAUGACAACAUCCCGACGUUUAUCUCCCAGAAUGCACUAGUUGCAGAAUCCAACAUCGUGAUCGGAUCCAUUCUGACAACUGUGAUCGCUUUUGAUCCGGACGAAGGGGCGAACGGAGAGGUGGAGUACGAGCUUGUGAGAGGAGAUUCAGACACGUUUAUAAUGGAUCGCUACAGCGGAGAUAUCAGAUUAGCAUCUCAGCUCGUUCCCUCAAAGCUCAUCUAUAGUUUAACCGUGUCGGCGACGGAUCACGGCACGGAUCGCAAAACCUCACGUACGGAGCUAACGAUACUCCUUCAGGGUACGGAUGGCCCGGUUUUCUCCCAACCCAAAUACAUCACCAUUUUAAAGGAAGGCCAGCCGCCGGGAACCAACGUUAUCUCCCUGGACGCCUCCAGUCCUCGAGGCACCGGCACCAAGGUGGAGUUUUUUAUUGUGUCGGUUCGUAGCGGCGGGAAGGCCGCGGGCCGGCUGUUCACCAUCGGACGCCACACCGGGACGAUCCAAACGGCUGCCGAACUGGACCGGGAGCAAGGCUUGGAUCUGUACUUGCUGGACGUGUACGCCAUCGAAUCCGACGCUAGCCAGCCCAGAACGCAACACGCCGAGGUUGAAAUCACCCUUCAGGACGUGAACGACAACCCUCCCGUCUUUCCCACGGACACACUCGACGUCACGAUCCAGGAGAACAUCAGCGACGGCUUCAGGAUAAUGCAGAUCACAGCCACUGAUGCAGACGAGGGAGCGAACGCUCUGGUGACCUACGCCAUCAUCAGUGGAGCGGACGACAGUUUCCGCAUCGACCCCGAGUCCGGCGAGCUGACGGCCACCAGGCGGCUGGACCGAGAGCGCAGGUCCAAGUACUCUCUGCUGGUGCGCGCCGACGACGGCCUGCAAUCCUCGGAUGUUCGGGUCAACAUCACCGUCAGCGACCUCAACGAUCACGCGCCCAAGUUCUCCCGCUCCGUGUACUCCUUCGACAUCCCCGAGGACAUGACUCCAGGUUCGAUCGUGGCGGCGAUUCUGGCCAGCGACUCGGACUCGGGCUCGAACGGCGAGAUCACGUACUCCAUAGAGGAGGAUGACGAGGACGCCACCUUCCUCCUGAACCCCGUGACCGGCGUGUUCAACGUCACCCGCGCGCUGGACUACGAGUCGCAGCAGUUCUACAUCCUGACGGUCCAGGCCCGGGACGGGGGCGGCCUGUGCUCUUCUGUCCGGGUCUACUUUAACCUGCUGGACGUCAACGAUAACCGGCCCGUCUUCAACAGCUCCAUGUACAGCACUUCGGUCCUGGAGAGUCUGAGUCCCGGGACAUCCGUGCUCACCGUGAGCGGCAGAGACGCCGAUGACGGGCCGAAUGCGGAGCUGCAGUACAAGAUUGCGUCAGGUGACCCGCAGUCCCAGUUCACCAUAACCGACACGGGCGUCUUACAAACCAAGAAGGUCUUGGACCGCGAGACUCAGUCUUUCUACAACCUGGUCAUCACCGUUAACGACUUGGCUCCGCCUCCCAUGACCCGCUUCACCAGCACCGCCCAGGUGUCAAUCAUUCUGCUGGACGUCAACGACUGCCCGCCCACCUUCACCUCGCAGUCGACGGCGUACAUCCAGGAGAACACGCCGGUGGAUACGGUGGUGUUCUCGGCGCUGGCCACCGACGCCGACAGCGGGCCGAACAGCUACGUGGAAUAUUCCCUCAAGGGGCCGUUCGGAAACAAGUUUAGCAUCGGGAACAUCGAUGGCGGCGUGAUUUUGGUUGGCGAACUGGAUCGCGAAGAAAUGGCGAAUUACUCUUUGAUAAUCAUGGCCACCGAUAAAGGUGAUCCGCCGCUUUCGUCCACGAUGGAGGUCACUAUGAUGGUUCUGGACGUGAACGACAACACGCCGAGCUUCUCCCAGAACAUCUACGACAUCGAGAUCGAGGAGAACACGCUCACCGGAACCGACGUCCUGCGCGUUUUCGCCAGCGACGCGGACGAGGGAACGAACGGACAGAUUCGUUUUUCAAUCGCCGGCGGGAACGUGAACUCCGAUUUCCGGAUCGACUCGGUGACGGGAGUUAUUUCGGUGGCAAAGCUCCUGGAUCGGGAGACGCGACCUUCGUAUUCUCUGACCGUUCAGGCUUCGGAUCGCGGGAGUAGCUCGCGUGUGGAUCGCGCCACCGUUAACAUCGUGCUUUUGGAUGUGAACGACUGCUCGCCUGUGUUCGAGCUCUCGCCGUACACCGUCAGCGUGCAGGAGAACCUAGGGAACCUGCCCAACAAUAUCUUACAGGUUGUGGCCCGGGACGAUGACCUGGGCGCUAACGGUCAGAUCACCUACACACUCUCCGGCGGGAACGAAGCCGGAUCCUUCAGCCUCUCGUCCGCCGGUCAGCUGAUCCUGAUCCGAACACUGGACCGGGAAUCUCAGGACAGAUUCACGCUGGUCAUCACGGCUCACGACGCUGGAUCACCGCCUCUGAGCGGCUCUGGGACUGUGGUGGUGCUGGUUGGGGAUGUGAACGAUAAUAUCCCAUCAUUCAGCUCCAUGUCUUUCCACACGACUAUUCCCGAAGACGCUCCCACCGGAACGGAUGUGCUGAUGCUCAACAGCUCGGACUCGGACGUCGGACUCAAUGGAGUGAUCAGUUACAGUCUCAGUGGUGGGGACGGUCAGUUCUCCAUUAACCCGUCCACUGGCUUGAUCAUCACCAGUUCCCUGCUGGAUCGCGAGUCGCGGGCCAGUUACCAGUUGCUGGUGGUGGCAUCGGACGGUGGACAACCCACACCACUGUCCAGCUCUGCCACAGUAUCCGUGGUGGUGUCCGACAUCAAUGAUAACCCUCCCCGGUUUCACCAUCAUCCAUAUGUCACGCAUAUUCCUGCUUCUACUUCUACAGGCUCACUGGUCUUUGCGGUCACAGUAACAGAUGAAGAUUACGGCUCAAAUGCUCAACUUCACUAUUCGCUCACCGGGCGCAAUUCAGAAAAGUUCAAGAUUGACCCGAUUAGAGGUGCCAUCACCGCCAAUGAAAAACUCACCGGGAGUUCAGAGGUCACCUUCACAGUCCAUGUAAAAGAUGGAGGCACCAACCCCAAAACCGACAGCACGACAGUUACAGUUCGCUUCGUUACUGGGGGAGACUUUCCCCAUAUUAGACUCAAGGAGAAAUCCUUCACCUUCCCAGAAAACCAACCCACCAACACUGUUGUAACAAAGGUGACCGGCUCAUCGCCCAGGGCAGGUCCUUUGUCGUACUAUAUUGCGAGUGGAAACCUGGACAAUGCAUUCCACAUAGAUCAACUUUCAGGAGAGCUGUCUAUCAAAAAUCCUCUGGACUAUGAGAAUAUUGAGAAGUACGUCUUGUGGAUUGAGGCCCGAGACCAAGGCUUUCCUCCUUAUUCGGCCUAUGAGAAAAUAGAGAUCGGAGUGCUGGACGUUAAUGACAACCAUCCUGUUUUCAAGCAAGAGCCAUUCCAUGCUGAGAUUCUAGAAAACCUCUCACCUCAACGUGUGCUUAUAGUCUCUGCAUUCGACCAGGACAGCGGACCAAACGGGCAACUGGACUUUGCAAUCAUUGAUGGCAACAAAGAAAACAGCUUUAGCAUCAACCGGGCAACCGGUGAAAUCCGCACGACACGACCUCUGGAUCGAGAGAAGGUCGCUCAGUAUUCUUUGAGGGUGAAGUCGACGGAUAGAGGCAGCCCCCCGAAAAGCACGGCAGUCAAUGUUUUGAUCAGUGUGCUGGACGUUAAUGACAAUGCACCCAGAUUCUCCAAAAUCUUCAGUGCAACUGUACCUGAAAACGCACCAGUGGGCUUCACUGUGACCCGAGUAACCACCACCGACGAGGACGCAGGAGCUAACGCUAUAAGCCGAUACUCCAUCAGCGACGCAAGUAUUCCCUUCAUCAUCCACCCCAGCACAGGAGACAUCACUAUCAGUAGACCUCUGAACCGAGAGGACACAGACCACUACAUUGCCAAAGUCUCAGCACACGAUUCAGGAUGGGCGGUUAGCACAGACGUCACGAUAUUUGUAACAGACGUGAAUGACAAUGCUCCAAGAUUUAGCAAGCCGUCAUAUUACCUAGACUACCCUGAGCUGAUGGAGGUCGGAUCAAUUGUGACUCAAGUCUCUGCCACAGAUCCUGACGAGGGAUUCAACGGGAAAACAUUUUACUUUAUCAGAUCUCAAACAGAGUACUUCCGAAUCAACUCCAGCUCUGGCGAGAUCUUCAUCAAACAGCAGCUCAGGUAUCAAAACUCAAGUGGCCACAGUAACGUCAACGUGAACCGGCAUAGUUUCAUCGUCACCGCUUCAGACAGAGGCAUCAAGCCCCUCAUGAGCGAAACCACAGUUAUCAUAAAUGUUGUUGAUAGCAAUGAUAACCCCCCCAUGUUUGAAUCUUCGUUUUACUUCACCCCUGUAACUAAAAGUGUAAAAGUCGGCACCAAACUCCUCAAGGUCACAGCCUAUGAUCAGAAGGACUUUGGCCUGAACUCUGAAAUAGAGUAUUCAGUAUCUGGAGGCAACAGUUCAAACAAGUUCCGCUUGGAUAAACAAACUGGAUCAGUUACAGUAGCGUCCUCACUCACUGCAGAGACUAAUAAAGUUUACCUGCUUGAAAUAACAGCCAGUGACAAAGGGAACCCUCCGUUGUCCGCUAAGACAACAGUCAGAAUAGCUGUCACAGAAGAGAACCAUCACACUCCAGAGUUUUCACAGAACCAAGUAACAGUCACCGUGUCUGAAGGUCUGGCUGUCGGCACGGCCAUCCGCACCCUAUCAGCACGAGAUAAGGACAAGGACAAGCAAAUGAAUGGCCUGAUUACGUACAACAUCUCCUCGGGUAAUGACGACGGCUUGUUUUCAGUUCACAGUCAGACGGGCGUUUUAUCCCUGGCAAUGCCACUGGAUUAUGAGACAAAACAGAAGCAUGAACUCAGAGUUUCUGCCACAGAUGGAGGGUGGAUUGCCAAAACAAGCUAUGUUACAGUUAACGUCCAUGUUACGGAUGUAAACGACAACCCUCCGGUGUUUGACCCUGUUGAGUACUUCCCAGUCGUCCAGGAGAAUGUUCCCAGUGGCACUACUGUCGUAAAAAUAAACGCAACAGAUAAAGACUCUGGGCCAAAUGCCCUGAUGGCAUACGUCAUUCAGUCUUCAGACAGUGACUUGUUCAUUAUCGACCCCAAUACAGGAAUCAUCACCACACAAGGCUUCCUGGACUAUGAAGCUAAACAGGUGUAUCACCUGACUGUCAAAGCCUUUAACGUUCCAGACGAAGAACGAUGCAGCUUCGCAUAUGUUAACAUUCAGCUGAAAGGUGCUAAUGAGUAUGUCCCUCGUUUUGUGUCAAAGCAAUACUACUUUGAGGUCUCAGAGGCGGCACCUAAAGGCACAGUCAUUGGGGAGGUGUUCGCUAGCGACAGAGACUUGGGAGAAGAUGGCGUGGUGUAUUACUUGAUUUUUGGCAGAAGCAGAAAAAGGGGUUUUAGCAUUAAUAAAAAGACAGGUCAGAUUUACGUCUCAGGACCACUUGAUCGUGAAAAAGAAGAAAAGAUUUCUCUCAAAGUCUUAGCUAAGAAUGCAGGCAGCAUAAUAGGGGCAGAUAUUGAUGAGGUGCUUGUGAACAUUACAGUUCUAGAUGCCAACGAUCCUCCAGUAUUUACCCAAGAACUCUAUGAUGUUCAGGUUAAUGAGGGACUGUCUCCUGGUGGCCUGGUUACAUUUGUCAGUGCUGAGGAUUCAGAUUCUGUCCCUAGCUGGAGCAGAUUCACCUACGCCAUUGCUGCCAACUAUGAAAGAAGCACUUUCACCAUCAAUCCUCAGACAGGACAGGUGUCUGUGGCAUCAGAACUGGACCGGGAAACCAUCCCCGUGUACAACCUCACCAUCCUGGCAGUAGACUCAGGUUCUCCAGCUGCCACCGGCAGUGCCGUUUUAAUUGUGACCCUGGAGGACAUUAAUGAUAAUGGACCGACUUUGGUGACUACAAGUGGGGAGGUGAUGGAGAACCAGAGAGCAGGAACACCCGUGAUGACGCUCGGUUCAAGUGAUCCAGAUCUUGCUCCGAAUCAAGGCCCGUUCUUCUACAGCCUUGUCAACACUGGAGCAGCAUCCAGCUACUUCACCCUCAGUCAAACCGGUGAGCUGACCACCAACAGGGAGAUCGACAGAGAGCAGAUUAGUGAUUUCUACCUCUCUGUGAUUAUCAAAGAUUCUGGUACUCCUCAGAUGUCCUCGACCGGAACUGUCCACAUCAAAGUCAAUGAUCAGAAUGAUAAUCCCUCAGAGUCCCGCUCUGUAGAGAUCUACGUCCAUUAUUUUGGAAAUAUGUUCCCUGGAGGAUCACUGGGGGUGGUGAAGCCACAGGAUCCAGAUGUACAAGACACGUUCCAGUGUUCUCUGACUCCACCGGCGGCUGCCCUCUUUAGCAUUCCCACGGGUACCUGUGACCUCAACUCGAACACUCGCUCCACAGACGGCACUUUUGAUUUAUCAGUGCGUAGCAGUGAUGGCGUCCAUGAUGCCGUCAACAGCCAUGUACGUGUUUUCUUCAUUGGAUUCAAUAAUGCCACAGUGGACAAUAGCAUCCUUAUACGUGUAGUAUCCCAAAGCGCAAGCGAUUUCCUUACCAAUCACUACCUCAGUUUCCUGCGCAUCGCCAACUCACAGCUAGCCGGCUUAGGCACCGGAGUCCAGAUUUAUGGGGUGUUUGAACUCAACAACAGCACUUUCUUGACGGCAGCGGUCAAGCGCGGACAUGGGCAAUACGUCAAUCCAAGUGGAGUGGCCACUUUCUUCCAGAGCAUCAAGGAAAUUCUGCACAGACAAAGUGGAGUUAAGAUCGACUCCAUGGACCAUGAUCCCUGCUCCCACAAUCCGUGUCAAAACGGGGGCAGUUGCAAGAGGCGGCUGGCUGUUGGACCAGACAUGAAGACGGAGGAGAGCGUCCCGAUCAUUCUCGUGUCAAAUCGCCCCCUACAGCCAUACGCCUGUAACUGCAGGCCCGGAUAUGCUGGUGCCCUCUGCGAGAUGGACAUUGACGAGUGCCAGCCAACACCUUGUCACAAUGGUGGAACUUGCCACAACUUGGUGGGGGGAUUCUCUUGCUCCUGUCCAGAAAGUUUCACUGGGAUGGCUUGUGAGAGGGACGUCAACGAGUGCCUUUCGAACCCCUGCCAGAAUGGGGCGCUAUGCCAGAAUUACCCCGGGGGAUUUAACUGCCUGUGCAAAUCUGGAUUCGCAGGGAAAGCCUGUGACUCCAUCAUCAAUUACUGUGAGUGUAACCCCUGUUUUAAUGGGGGUUCCUGCCAGAACCGGGUGGAAGGCUAUUACUGUCACUGUCCCUUUGGUGUGUUUGGAAAGCACUGUGAACUGAACAGUUAUGGAUUCGAGGAGCUCUCUUACAUGGAGUUCCCCAGCCUCGACCCCAACAACAACUACAUCUACAUUAAGUUUGCCACGUUGAAGGAAAACGCCUUGCUCAUGUACAAUCACGACAACCAGACCGGCGACAAGGCGGAGUUCUUGGCCCUUGAGAUCCUCGAAGGCAGAAUGCGGUUCUCGUUUAACUUGGGGAGCGGCACUUACAAGCUCAUGACGACCAUCAGGGUCUCAGACGGCCAAUUCCACACCGUCAUCGCCAGGAGGGCAGGAAUGGCGGCGUCUCUCACUGUUGACCUGUGUGGAGAGGAACAGGAAUCGGGAUACUGCGCUGUCAGCAAUGUGGCCGUUCACACAGACUGGAUCCUGGAUGUCCAGCCGAACCGUGUGUCCGUCGGCGGCGUCCGCUCGAUCGAAGCGCUCCUGCACCGCAGAGGUCAGGUGGACACGCACGACUUCGUCGGAUGCAUCAUGGAGUUCGCCGUCAACGGGCGUCCGCUGGAACCGUCUCAAGCUCUGGCUUCACACGGCAUCCUGGACAGAUGUCCCAGGAUGGAGGGUGUGUGUGUGUCCGAGCCCUGCAGACACGGAGGGACGUGUGUGGACAUGUGGUCGUGGCAGCAGUGCCAGUGUGCCGAGGGCUUCACCGGACCCGUGUGUGAGAAGUACAUCUCUGCAGACACGGCUCUCUCUCUGGACGGGUCUGGGCGUCUGGACUACGGCUUGAGUCAGAGCCGUAAGAGGGACGUGUUGUUGCUUCGGGCCCCGGGCGGCCCCGUGCAGGAGUACAGCAGUCUGGAGCUGAAGUUUCGCACGCGCAGCGGAUCCGGGACGCUCGUGCACGCUCAGGAGAGCUACAACUACACCAGCGUCAGGCUGAAGAAUGGCCUUCUCCAGUACGUGUCUGACGCCGGAGUCGCCGGGAAGGUGGAGAGGAUUGUGGGAGAUGUGGUUCUGUCUGACGGUCAGUGGCACACACUGUUGCUUCAGAGAAACGGAUCGUCCACCGUCCUGCGGAUCGACCAGUCCAGCUCCAAAGUCAUUCUGCACAACACACAGGACUUCGGAGGGAUCGACGUACACACACUGUCUCUCGGUGGCGUCCCGGCCCGACCCACUCAGCAGAAAACCAGCCCGGGUUUUGAUGGCUGUUACGCCUAUGUGAAAUAUAACGGAGAGAUGCUCCCCUUCAGCGGUGUUCACGGGACCGUUUCCAUCUCCAAGACUGAUCCCUCUGUGAAGAUCGGCUGUCGUGGCCCAAAUCUAUGCGAUAGCAGUCCAUGCUGGGAUGGGUUGAUGUGCGUGAACCAAUGGUACACUUACCAGUGUGUGCCGCCGGGCGACUGUACCUCCAACCCUUGCCAACACGGUGGAAGCUGCGUUCCCGGCGUCCGUGGAGGCUUUACCUGCACAUGUGAGGAGUUUUACACGGGAAGAGUGUGCGAGAGCCUGGUGGCCUGUCUGGGAGUCCGGUGUCCACAGGGAACGGAGUGCAAUCUGGGAGCAAAUGGAGGAUUUACCUGUAGUCCAAGCGCCACCACCGAAGAGAUGGUUCUGCCCAUCUGGGCGGUUCCUGCGAUCGUGGGCAGCUGCGCGACCGUCUUAGCGCUGGUUGUUUUAAGCCUCAUUCUUUGCAACCACUGCAAGGGUCGUAAGAAAACCAAAGUGCCAAAAGAUGAGAAGAAAACAGAGAAGAAGAAGAAGAAAAAGAAAAAGAAAGGCAGUGAGAAUGUGGCGUUUGAUGAUCCGGAUAACAUCCCGCCCUACGGAGACGACAUGACUGUCCGGAAACAGCCUGAAGGAAACCCCAAACCUGAUAUCAUUGAGCGGGAAAACCCUUACUUGAUCUACGACGAAACUGACAUCCCGCACAACAACGAAACCAUUCCCAGCGCCCCGUGCGCCGGUCCGGAGGCCGACAUGGAGCACUACGACAUCGACAAUGCCAGCAGCAUUGCUCCAUCAGAUGCGGACAUCAUCCAACACUACAAACACUUCCGAAGCCACACUCCCAAGUUCUCCAUUCAGCGCCACAGUCCUCUGGGAUUUGCUCGUCAGUCCCCUCUUCCGUUGGGCGCUACGACUAGCUACACCUACCAGCCGAGCUACACCCAAGGGCUCCGCUCGACCCCGCUCAGCCAUUCAGCUUGUCCUACGCCCAACCCCUUGUCCCGCCACAGCCCGGCUCCCUUUACCAAGCCAUCCUCCUUCUACCGCAACACUCCCACUCGUGAACUCAACUUGGCAAGGCGCGACGGAAGCCCUCUCGACUUCCACGGAGACGUGUGCCAACCUGGUAUGUUCAACUACGCCACACGUCUGGGUCGCCGCAGCAAGAGUCCUCAAACCAUGGCUGGUCACGGAUCCCGUCCCGGGAGCCGCCUGAAGCAACCCAUCGAGCAAAUCCCAUUGGAAAGCGACCCGCCUGUGGGGUUGUCCAUAGAAGAGGUGGAACGCCUCAACACGCCUCGGCCCAGGAACCCUAGCAUCUGUAGUGCGGAUCACGGGCGUUCUUCGUCUGAGGAAGACUGCCGUCGACCACUCUCACGUGUCCGAAACCCUGCGGAUGGCAUCCCCGCUCCAGAAUCCUCCUCCGAGAGCGACUCCCAUGACUCCUUCACGUGCUCGGAGAUGGAGUAUGACCGGGAGAAACCCGUGUCCUACAGUUCUCGCAUGCCUAAGCUUUCCCAGGUCAACGAAUCGGACGCCGAUGACGAGGACCACGGAGGGAGGCUCCGACCGAGGCGAUACUCCAGUCGACGUGCCGAAGGAGGACCGGCCAGCGGUCACAACACCCUCUCGGAGUAUCAGCACCACACUUUACCCCACAAACUGGGCCAAGGGUCCAACAACUUCAACUGGGACAACCUACUGAACUGGGGUCCGGGGUUCACCCACUACGUGGACGUUUUUAAAGACUUAGCACUGCUACCCGAGAACUCUGCUGCUAAAGAUAUCGAAAUGAAGAGCGGCGACGGCUCCAUCACGAUCCUGAACGAGGGUGAAGCCGAGCAGUACGUAUGAGAAACACAUCUGAGACUGGAGUCAGGAGCUGUGAUGAAACAUGAGAUAUUUGAUUAAGACGAACUUAAAUGCAGCAAGGCAGAGCACUGAUUUUGAAAGACGUGCACCGAACACCCAACACUGUCCAUAGUUACACACUAGACUAGGGGUUGCACAGACUCGUCGUUGGGUCUCAGUUGGCAAAUUGUGGAACGUGCAACGGUGCAUCCCAGUUUAUUUGCAUGCCAUUAUCUUUGUACAGUAUUGGCCAAUUGUUUUUGUAAUUUAGUGUAAUUAAGUGAACCCAGAGCACUUUGCGCAUUGUGAGUGAACCCCACUUGGUGCUGUGUACAACUGAGAUUAUCUAAACGUUGCAUUUUCAAUCCUGGAUGCUGUAUUGUGAGUCAUUUAUGUUAAGGUAAACAGUGAUCAUCUGACUAGUAAAUGAAUACCUGUGCAACCCCUAGUAUAAACACACACAGCCUGGAAGAGGAAGACACUACCACGAACACACACGUAUGAAAUAACUCAGAAUGCACAAAUAAAGUUGGUCAUAUUUAGGGGUCGUUGUGACCCUCAGUGACUCUGGGCUCCGUCCAAUUGGCCGAUUGUCCUGUGUGUUAGUGCCUCGACCUCUAGGAAUCAGAUCCGAGAGCUCGGUGUGAAGAGCAGGGCCAUAUUUGGCUCCGGUUCUUCGUGCUCCAGCCAAAAGAGAAAGAAAAGCUCUGGAACCGUCCGCCAAGAACGGGUGUUUCUCAUCCUGAAUAACUGGCUGCCGUCUAAAACAACACAACCUCCAGAUAUGAGAUUAAUCAGGCCUCUGCCUUCUGGAUAUUUGAGGAUUUACGUUUGGGAGCACGGACGCUAUGACUUUCUAUGGUUGUUUGUAUUGGUGUAUUGCAGGAUUCGUACAAACACACUUGACCCGUCUAACGCAAUGCCCAUCUGCUAUGAGACUAUGAACUUGUGUACAUUUUGUAUUAAUAAGAAAGCUCUUUGGAAGUCAAUGUUCUCUGUUGAUAUGUGUUUUUUUUUGUUUUAUUUUGCUCUAUGUUUUUAAAAAUGUACUGUUUCUACUUUUUUACUGUUUAUUAACUUAAAGGUUCAUCAGUGUUUUUCAUGGAUAUUUUUCAUAUGCUGGAAAUGAGGUUCCUACUUUCAGCGGAAGAUUGAACUUCUUAUUUUUUACAUUUGUUACUUAUGUAACAUCAGUAUUUUCCACUAUUUUGAUAAAACUAUAACAUAAUGUCUGAUUUAUACGUGUAAAAGCCAAUAACAGAAUAAAAAAAAAUAUUUAUUUAAAAAUA